ACUCUAAUAAUUAGUAGGUGCCAUGAUUUGAGGUUUGUGUUUCCAAAUGUGUCCGCUGCCAGAAGCCUUUCGAAUCUGGAAGCACUUGAUGUGCAGGAAUGUAAAGAGAUGGAAGAGAUCAUUGGGAACAAUAAUAGUAAUAAGUCUGUGCAGCAUAAGGGAGCAAAGAUUAUAUUCCCAAAUUUAUACAGCAUUCGGCUGAGUAAGUUACCGAAGCUAAACAGCUUCUGUUCAAUAAGCUCUUUCUAUUUCGAGCUACCAUAUUGUGUACGGAUAGAAAUUAAAGAAUGCCCAAAGAUGGAGACCUUCUGCUCUGCAACCUUAUACACACCAGAGCUAUGGGAAUUACAACUGGACGAGGUCAUAUACAACAUACGUGAGGAAAGGAACCUGGAAGUGAAUCAAAUGAUUCGACAGCGACAGCGUAAAUACUCAUGAAGCGUUUCAUUUAUUGGGUCGUCGAUUUAAAAUCACAAGCAAUCAAAAGCUGAUGAAGAUGAAUCUGUGUUCUUGUCUCUAUCAGUGAUUAUCAAUCACGUCAUUAUCAUUAGUGAAACGAAACCAAAAGGAAUCAAUAAUGUACCGUACAGGCUUGCGUGAUGAAAAUCCAGCAAAUUACUAUCUAGUUCUACGUACAAUAUCACAAUACAACAAUUUCUUCUUGAUUGAAUUCUGAUUUUGUGUUUCAUAGCCUGGAGUCUGAUCUUGGAAAUCUAGUACUCUUUUCUUGCGACACAUACUUUAUUUAAGGCUAUUAGCACUGUUUGGACUAUGGAUUUGAAACAAAGAUUAUCAUCAUUCAGAAGAAGCUCAAUAGAAAAAAUUCUGACUCCUCAAGAGAAUCAAGCAAAGAUUGAUGAAGUCAGAAAGAUCAUUGGUCCAGUUGCAAGUAAGUUUCCAGUUAUGUGUUCAGAUGCAUCAAUACAAAGGUACCUCAGAGCAAGAAAAAAUAAUUCUAAGAAAGCAGCAAAGAUGCUCAAAUGCAGCUUGAAAUGGAGGUUAGAGUACAAGCCUGAGAUGAUUAAAUGGGAUGAUAUAGCUCAAGAAGGUGCUUUAGGAAGGCUAUACAAAGCUGAUUACUUGGAUUCACAAGGGAGGACUGUUCUUGUCAUGAGACCUGCUAUUACGAGUGCAAGCGCCGCAGCAGGGCAGAUCAAGUACCUUGUUUACUGUUUGGAGAAUGCCAUAAUGACUUUGAGUUCUAAGCAGCAGGAACAGAUGGUUUGGCUGGUUGAUUUUCAAGGGUGGAACAAAUCCUGCAUAUCAUUGAAGAUUACAAGGGAAACUGCUCAAAUCUUGCAGGAUCAUUACCCUGAGAGAUUGGGCCUUGCAGUCAUGUACAACCCACCAAAAGUAUUUGAGUCCUUUUGGACGAUGGUAAAGCCAUUUCUUGAGCCAAAGACUUUCAAGAAGGUGAUAUUCGCUUAUCCGGACAACACGAAAAGCCUAAGGAUGAUGGAAGAACUCUUUGACAAGGACAAGCUGGAAUCCUACUUCGGCGGGCGAAACACCGUCGGAUGGACCCUCGAGUCUUUUUCCAAAAAAAUGAAAGAUGAUGACAAUAAGAGGAUGUCUAAGGUCAGUGAAGGUGGUGUUUCAACAGAACUCAUCAAUGAAUCAAUUCAAAUAGAUGACAACAACUCGGAUGAUGAAACAUCUAGUUGUGACACUCUUGGUUCAACCAUGGGGGAAGAUAAAGAAGAGAUUAAUGUACAAGAAAGACUAGAUUCUCCUAAACCUACAAUUCUGCAAAAAGAUGAAUCUGGUGCAAAGCCCUGAGGCAAAUGCAGGGGAUCAAUUAUGUUGCUACUUCGUUCCUUUUUUUUAUUUUUUUUAUUUUUUAACUUAGCUGAAAAUUCAACUAUUUCAAUUACUCCGGCAUGCCAUGCAAUGCAAUGCCCUUUUCUCAAGAUUA